UGGAGCGUUUAGAUUGUACAUACAGUGGUAUAAGAUGCCCAACCAACAGUAUGCACAUCGCUUCCUUGAUGACCGUAAAAUCCUGUCUCGACUAUCAAACUGCAUGAGAUAUCUUGGCAGGAUGAGAAGGAAUCCACCCUUGUCGUGAGGCUCCUGGUAUCAAGCCUUUUAUAGUAGGUAGCAAUUACGACCUUCUUCUUUCACUGCAUCCUUGCAGUUGAUACAUCCUCCUGACUUCCAAGAUGCAUAUCUCGCGUUUUCUCGUCAGAUCUGGCGUCUUGGCUUUGUCUAAUUGCCUCCCUCUGGCUUCUUAUUCGAUGCCGAUCAUACUCGGUGCUAUCCGGUGUACAAGGUCCAUUAUGGUAGCAUUGUCCGACACUCCAGAAGAUAUAAAACACCUCUGCCCGUAACGGACGUCUCUGUCUAGUGUCUUACAGAUUACUGUUGCAUUGGCAUCUAUCUUGUCUCAUUCUUGCGGUCUCAAAGAUCAGCACACCUACGACCAUGGCGCCUGCAGGAGACAGUCUCGCCGAGCCCAUCACCGUGGCCGGUCUCCGAGCUGAAGUCCUUGACGAGAAGCGAGCUUCUAUCUCUGCCGAGAAGAGGGCCUCUAUCGCCACCGACCCUCGUCCAGCCACUGCAGAUGCGGGAGCUGUUACCCCCGCUGGUGGUGUCACACCAGAUGGUCAGUUUCCGACUGCUGAGGAACUAGACACUUUGCGCCGAGUCCCAAAUAAGAUUCCUAUGAAGCUAUUCAGUAUUGCCUUUAUCGAGCUGUGUGAACGUUUCUCAUACUAUGGCUGUACCGUUGUGUUCACCAAUUUCAUUCAGCAGAAGCUCCCCGAAGGCUCUACCACGGGUGCUGACCCGGAACAGCCUGGUGCUCUCGGCAUGGGUCAGCGCGCCUCGACCGGAAUCACCACCUUCAACCAGUUCUGGCAAUACUUUAUGCCCCUUCUCGGUGCCUAUAUUGCUGAUCAGUACUGGGGUCGCUAUAAGACCAUCAGCUGGGCUCUCGGGAUCGAUAUCAUCGGUCAUAUCAUCCUGAUUAUGUCUGCCAUCCCCCCUGUUAUUGGCAAUCAAGGUGGUGCCCUUGGCGCCAUGAUCAUUGCUAUCAUUGUCAUUGGUUUCGGUACUGGUGGAUUCAAACCUAACGUCAAUCCUCUCAUUGUUGAGCAGCUUGGCGAGCAGUACAUGCAUGUUAAGACUCUCAAGUCUGGUGAACGCGUUAUCGUCGACCCUGCUGUGACGAUCGAAAGGGUGUAUCUUUGGUUUUACUUCUGUAUCAAUGUAGGGGCUUUGGUAGGGCAAGUGACGAUGGUGUUUGCGGAGAAGGAAAUUGGCUUCUGGCUAUCUUAUACGCUGCCAACGUUCAUGCUCUGUCUGUGUCCGCUCGUAAUGUGGUUGAACCGCCACAAGUAUGAACGAAGGCCUCCUGGCGGCUCCGUCCUGGGACAGGCACUUAAGACUUGGUUCCUCGCCCAGAAGGGUUGCUGGAGUAUCAAUCCAGUUGCUACAUGGAAGAAUCUUCAUAAAGAUGACUUUUGGGAGAAAGUAAAGCCCUCAAACUUCAGCCACGAGACCCGUCCUAAAUGGAUGACCUUUGACGACGCCUGGGUCGACGAGCUCAGCCGAGGAUUCAAUGCAUGCGCUGUCUUCUGCUGGUACCCAAUUUUCUGGCUCUGCUAUAAUCAGAUCAACAAUAACCUCAUCUCCCAGGCGGCCGUGAUGCAGCGCCAUGGCGUUCCCAACGACAUUCUUUCGAAUCUCAAUCCUUUCGCUCUCUUGAUCUUCAUUCCACUUAAUGAUUUCUUCAUUUACCCUGCCCUCAGAAAAGCUGGUUUCCGCUUCACCCCCAUCAAGAAGAUCACGGCCGGUUUCUUCACCGGAGCUGCUGCCAUGAUCUGGGCUGCAGUUGUCCAGCACUACAUCUACCAGAAGUCCGAGUGCGGUAAGUAUGCUUCUGGUGAAGAUUGCGCAGCCGUGGAAAUCAAUGUUUGGGCUCAAACCGGUAGCUAUGUUCUCAUUGCUCUCUCUGAAGUGUUUGCUUCUAUUACUUCUCUUGAGUAUGCCUUCUCGAAGGCACCCAAGAACAUGCGUUCCAUGGUUCAGGCUGUUGCGCUUUUCAUGACAGCUUUCUCAGCUGCCCUUGGACAGGCUCUCGUUGGUCUUGCAGCCGAUCCUCUUCUUGUUUGGAACUAUGGUGUCGUUGCUAUCCUCGCCGUAAUUGCCGGUUGCUGUUUCUGGUUUCAAUUUAGAAGCCUUGAUAUUCAUGAGGAUGAUCUCAAUGCCCUCCCUGAGGGCCAUGCUGGUGCAGCUGCUGAUGAGGAGGCUCCUUUGGGGAGCAAGCGAGUUGAUGAGUAAG